AUGCCCACUCCCCCUCUCCCUAUCGAGCUCACAGAACUCAUCAUCUCUUUUGUCCGGCACGCGCAGAUGUCUCCAAAACAACGCAACGAGUUUCUUUCCUCCGCAAGCCGGGUCAACUCUACGUGGACUGAGCUCUUGGCACGCAAUGUUUGCAUCGACUCUGAGGCAUCGUUGGAAAGCUUUUUCCGCCGAAUUAACCACUCAUCGAGCUCGUCGCCACAUGUGCCGGUAGUAACAGUGGAGCGACCGAUCUCCUUUGGCAAUCUUUCGCUUGUGAAGCUGUUUGGACGCAUGGCUACUGACCCGAGGCUACGCGCUGGUCAAAAACCUACAAAAGCCGUGGAUUAUGGCCGCUGCUGCCGCUCCAUCACAUUCGAGAUCGAUACUAGCAUUGGAGGACCGCAAUGCAGACGGCUCGAUGCAGGGCAGUGGCAAUCGACGGAAGUCUACCAAACAUUCCCGAUGAGCGCGUUGCUCGACUGCGCGCUCGAGCAUAUCGAUGUUCACUCGGACUUGCUGCCUAACCUUCGUCGUCUUUGCAUCGAGUACCUGGAUUCACCAGCACCGAUAUGGUCAAACAUCUUUGACGACGUAUUUCGUCGAAAUCUUUUCGCGCUGACUCCUCAAAUCGAGCAUUUGGAAAUUCGCUACCCGCGGGCCGCUCGCGCAGUUCGCGAAAGUUUGGCAGGACGAAGGCAGAAGGCAUUCAACUGGGUCGCGAAGGAUAUAAGGCGGUUGACGCUCAUCGGGGCAACGAAGGGGGUCAUACUUGAUUUGAAGCGGGUUUGUCCAAAUGUACGUGUUUGGGUACUCAACGGGGUCACGGUUAGAUAG